UUCCGGUACCUGUCCUCACACUUGGCAAGGUGCAGCAGCAGCAGUGGAAACUUGUCUCAGUCUCUGCGACUUAUCUGCGCUAAAUGUUAGGCACGUGAGAUGCGAGGCAAGGCGAGGACAGCGCUAGCCAUGCUGCACAAUGCGUCCUGGGCGAGGAACUGCUGUGCGCUGGAGAAGGGAGAGCCGCUGGACGGGAGCGCUCCCCGGGCUGCCUGGCUGGUGACUGCGCUGUCCAGCGUGCUGAUCCUCACCACCCUGGUGGAUAUCCUGGGCAGUGUGCUGGUCAUCAUCUCGGUGCUGAAGAAUAGGAAGCUGAGGAAUUCAGGUAAUGCCUUUGUAGUAAGUUUGGCCUUCGCGGACCUUGUGGUGGCCUUGUAUCCUUACCCAUUAGUGCUAGUGGCUAUUUUUAAAAAUGGAUGGGUCCUCGGAGAAAUGCAUUGCAAAGUCAGUGGAUUCGUCAUGGGCUUGAGUGUUAUAGGUUCUAUUUUCAACAUCACGGGGAUUGCCAUUAACCGAUACUGCUACAUAUGCCACAGUUUUGUCUACGACAAACUCUUCACUGCAUGGAAUACAAUGCUUUAUGUAUGCCUCAUUUGGGCUCUCACUGUUCUGGCCACUGUUCCCAACUUUUUUGUUGGCUCAUUAGAAUACGAUCCUCGCAUCUACUCUUGUACAUUUGUUCAGACUGCAAGUUCCUCUUACACCAUCACUGUGGUGGUCAUUCAUUUCAUCGUGCCAAUCACUGUGGUGUCCUUUUGCUAUCUCCGCAUCUGGAUUUUAGUGAUCCAAGUAAGGCGAAAGGUCAAGUCAGAAACAAAGCCAAGAAUGAAGCCCAGCGACUUCAGGAACUUUCUUACGAUGUUUGUGGUGUUUGUGAUUUUUGCUUUUUGCUGGGCUCCCCUGAACCUCAUUGGCUUAGCUGUAGCCAUCAACCCAGCAAAGGUGGCCCCUAAGAUUCCAGAGUGGUUGUUUGUUAUGAGCUACUUCAUGGCUUAUUUCAAUAGUUGCCUUAAUGCUGUUAUAUACGGAUUGCUUAAUCAAAACUUUCGGAAAGAGUACAAAAGGAUUUUAAUGUCACUGUGGACGCCAAGACUGUUUUUUCAGGAAAUCUCAAGAGGGGGAACAGAAUGCCCAAAGAGCAAACCUUCUCCCGCUCUGAACAAUAAUGAGCAAUUGAAAACAGAUACUGUGUGACUCUACAGUGAAAGGAAGAUUGGUUGAGAGCCAUUGAACAUGCACACCAGUAUUUACAGUUUAUUUUCAUUUGCAUUGCCUCAAUUUCAUAUUUUUUGUAUUUGAAAUUAAAAUCAACCUCAGAAUACUAUUUUUAUAUAUCAUAUUAAUUUAUAAAAACUGAACUUGUUAAUUUAUUUUAAUAAAGAAAUUCAGAUAUUUAUUGUUUUAUAGGGUUAGGGUUAUCUUAGCGUUUUUGCUAAGAGCCCCUUGUUUUAUCAUGUUCUCAAGGCUGCUAAAGGUGUAGCAUUAACCAGAAAAUGGACAGGCUGUGGGCAUCUCUGGAUACGGGUAAGGUGCAUCUUUUGGAUUGCACAAAAUUAAUUGUAUCUGUGGAUCGGAUUCGGGACCUUUAGCAAAUAAACGUUGGAACUAUUGAGCUGCAAGCAAGCAACCAUAAGUCAAAAGCAUGCAAUGAACCAUAUAAUUAAUUAAACAAUACUUUCCAUUGAAAA